AUGAAUGUAUAUCUGGACUUUACAAUGACUCACGGUGGCUUACUGAUGUAUCGAGCCAAUGGUGCUAUCCUUCUAGACAAGUCUGGUACCAACUUUCCGACCCAGCAGGAAUGGAAGGCUUGGUGGGCCAUGGGCGUGGAGUUUAAAUCAGUGUUUUUCUCUAUAGAGUGCACGACAUCUCAGUUGGAGUGUGGAUGCGGAAGGAUCCGUUGUGUGGCUCGGGAACGUGUGGGAGACGAUUUCUGGGAUUGUGAAGACGGAAGCGACGAACUGUUCAAUGUCACUCAAGCACUACUCGCUAAAUCCCCUGUGCUGCUCUCCGAGAGCUCGGAGAUUCGCCGCGCUCCACAACGAACACACCAGAAGGACGAAAAUAACAGCAAUAAGUCGACCGAACAGCGGACCAUUCAUUUCGAUUUAAAGAAACAAGGUCACCCGAAACCAGUUGCAUGCGCUUCCGGAUCGUGUGCGUGCGAUCCGUCGACUACAACAUUCAAUGGGACAUGUAUUCUGCUGGUGGAUGAGUGUGCGAAUAGGACACUGAAUGAUUGCGACCCGAAUGCUUCGUGCAUGGACAGCCCGCUGGCGUACGAGUGUCUUUGCCGCGAAGGUUUCCUCGACGUCUCCGUCGAUCCAGUUCAAAGACCGGGACGCAAGUGUAUGAAGUUGGUAAACGAGUGUUCCGAUGCCCGUCUGAACAACUGCUCUCCGAACGCGAAGUGCAUUGACAAGGCGGUCGGCUACACGUGCCGUUGCAGUGCGGGAUUUGUUGACCAACCCUCAGGCGACCGGCGUGGUCGUGGACGAGUUUGCACGAAACUGGUGGACGAAUGUUCAUCGAUGGUGCACGACUGCGACCCGUACGCACUGUGUCGCGACGAGGCGAUCGGCUUCUCGUGCCAUUGCCCGUUCGGCUUCUCCGACGCUUCACCUGAUCCCACCAAGCCUGGCCGAAUCUGCGUGAAGAAGUUCGUAAUCAAUUCAGGAUCAAAUCCCUGCCAAGACUACUCGCUCCAUGACUGCGAUGCGGUGGCCGAGUGCUAUUCAGAACAACCUGGAUACUUUCAGUGUCGAUGUCCAAAGGGAUUCAUCGACACCUCACCAGAUACACGAAAUCCGGGACGAAAAUGCACUAGAGUAGUGGACGAAUGUUCAUUGGGAACUCACACCUGUGAUCCGAAUGCUGACUGUGUCGACACACCGGAAGGAUAUACGUGUCGGUGCAGGAGUGGAUGGAAGGAUUCCAGUCGGGACCCGCUCAGAAAUCCGGGGAGGGUGUGCAGAAAAGCGGACGUCUGCAUGAACAUGGACUGUGCAGCCGAGGCGGAAUGCCGCGAGACUCCGGUCGGACCAAUGUGCCAGUGCGUGAGCGGAUUCGUGGAUGUGAGCCGCCACCACGGACGACCACCGGGCAGGGUCUGCCGACCAGUGCUGAACGAAUGCGCUGAAAGAAAGCAUGACUGCUCAAGCCAUGCGUCGUGCAUCGACACCAUCGACGGAUUCACAUGCCGAUGUCAUGACAAUUACCGUGACGAAAGCCCGUUCCCCUCGAAGAAUCCAGGAAGAGUGUGCAUUAGAGCAUUUGUGCCUGAUCCUCCCGAAUGUGAUGUGAGUGAUCCGAUGAGCUGUGACCAGCGCAAAUCCGAGGUCUGCGUGUUCGUGAGCGGUACCUACAAAUGUCGUUGUGCUUCCAGUUAUUCGCGACUUCCUGACGGCCGUUGUCUAGCCAUCAAUGAAUGCGAAGAUAAUCGCCUGAAUACUUGUGGACAGAACGCCGAAUGUAUCGACCUAGCCGAGGGUUAUACCUGCCAGUGUCGAUCUGGAUUCGCCGAUGUCUCACCAUCGGGGCAGCCAGGUCGCAUCUGCAAACCUCGCAUCAACGAAUGCUCUAACAAGGAAAGGUAUCAUGUCGACUGCGAUGAGAACGCUAUUUGCAUCGACACCGACGACUCAUUCAACUGUCAGUGCCGACCAGGAUUCGCCGAUAUUUCUGCUGCAUUUAACCGACUGCCUGGUCGACGUUGCAUCGAGGCGGUGAAUGAGUGUUCUGUGAAUUCUCUUAACGACUGCUCUGAGUUCGCCCUUUGUGAGGAUGCCAAGGAGGGCUACGUUUGCUCGUGUCGAGCAGGCUACGUAGACGCAUCACCAAAUGUAACUCAUUAUCCAGGACGGAUUUGUCGCAAACCUACCGAAAGAUUGACUUCCAGUGACAUUGUCACCUCCUUCUCAAAAGAUUCAUGCGACCCAAAGAGGUCACAGUGUGGCACGAACGAGGCUUGCACAGAUCGAGGUCAACGAGGUCAUUACAGUUGCCAAUGCGCUGACAAUGCUUUUCGCUACUCAGAUGGUACUUGCCGAGUGUUUUCGGCGUGUUCGAAGAACACCGAAUGUGACCGCAAUGCCGUUUGCCUGAACGUUUUCGACUCCUACAGCUGCCAGUGUCGUCCGGGUUUCAUCGACAUGUCGCCGGAUCCAGAACGAAAGCCGGGUAGACUCUGCAAGGAACUGGUGAACGAGUGCGCAACGGCGUCAAAUGAAUGCUCGACGUUCGCUAAGUGCAUCGACCUCACCGAAGGCUACGCUUGCCAAUGUCUCGACGGCUACAUCGACGUUUCCUCCAAAUACAAGCGUCCACCCGGACGUAGAUGCACACAAUCUAAUAACGAAUGCGCUAUCAGGAGCUUGAACACGUGCGAUGAUAAUGCUGACUGCAUAGAUACUCCGGAUGGAUACAUCUGCCAGUGCUUCGCCGGCUACGUGGACGUGUCAUCAAACGCGAACCUGCCUCCAGGACGAGUAUGCACCGUACAAACGACUUGUCCGAAGCAGAAGACCGACCUCGUGUUUCUGAUUGAUGGUUCUGGUUCCAUCGGCUCGUAUGUCUUCAAGAACGAGGUAUUGCGAUUCGUGCGCGAGUUCGUGGAGUUAUUCGAGAUCAGCCUUAAUCGCACCCGAGUCGCUCUGAUCCAAUACUCGGACCAGAUUCGUCACGAGUUCGAUCUGAACCAGUACACAGACAAGGCUUCCGUUCUUCGAGCGAUUACGGAAACUCAGUAUUUGACGGGUUUGACUAGGACCGGUGCUGCCAUUCAACACAUGGUACAAGAGGGAUUCAGCGAGCGACGAGGAGCUCGGCCUCAAAAGAACGACAUCGCCAGGGUGGCGAUCAUACUCACCGAUGGCCGUUCUCAGGACAAUGUCACCGGGCCAGCGGAAACAGCUCGCAAACUCAACAUCAACACCUUCGCCAUAGGAGUCACCGAUCAUGUGCUGGCCAGUGAGCUUGAGGCAAUCGCUGGCUCUCCGAACAGAUGGUUCUACGUGGACAAAUUUAAGGAUCUGGAUACUCGUCUCCGCUCGAUGAUCCAGAAGGCUGCAUGUCCUUCCCCGCUGAAGGCUCAGUCGCCCUCACAAGGUACAUGCAAUCCUCGGACCCAGACCGGAUGUGAUCGCUCACUGAAUGAAUAUUGCAUUCAAGAAAACGAACGAACACGUUGCACUUGUCCUAAAGGAUUCGGUCGCCAUCCGACUACUCGUGUAUGUGGCGGUUCGUUGUGCAAUCCACAGCUACUCACCUCAUGCGCUUAUCCUGAGGAGUGCCUUAUUACGCCAUUCAACAACUACCGUUGUGCCUGUCCAAGCGGAUAUGCCAGAGAAUAUAAGACCGGAUUCUGCGUGUCCACCAAGGAAGUUCGUAUCUUCCCUCAACACGACGCCGAUUGUCAUAACGGCGGUCAACGCUGUGGCGAGAAUGAGUACUGCACUAGUGACAGGGCAAACCAUUGGUACUGCGAAUGCAUGAACGGAUUUGAGCGAAAUCACGCCAACAGAAAAUGUAGCUAUCCAGGAUCGUGCCUUCCGAGUCAGCCGAACUCUUGCGAUAUCCGUAAACGGGAAAAAUGUCUCCCGCACGGACAGUUCUUCACGUGUCAGUGUGGUCAAUUCGAGAAAAGACAUCCAGUCUCAGGAAUUUGCUUGAAGAACGAAUGCGAGCUGCAUACUCAUAACUGCGAUCGUUCCGCACGAUGCAUCGACACUGAUGACGGCUAUAUGUGUGCUUGCCCUUCCGGAUUCAUCGAUAGAUCUCCGGAUCCAGUCGGAAAGCCAGGGCGCCUUUGCGUUGCCGAGCAGAAUGAGUGUCUUGACGGCUCUCACAGGUGUUCGCCGAAUGCUUUGUGCACCGAUACAGAAUCUGGUUACGUGUGCAGAUGUAAAUCCGGCUUUGUUGAUUAUUCUCCGAAUCCUCAGAGCUUUCCCGGACUUAUAUGUAAGGAACUGGUGAACGAGUGCUCGUCAUCAAAACUAAACAAUUGUGACAAAAAUGCCAUCUGUAUCGACACCAUCGAAGCGUACACCUGCAUCUGUAAAUCCGGCUAUAACGAUAUGGAUGAGUUCCGUAACCCUGGACGUCACUGUCAGAAAGCGAAAACAAAUGAUCGCUGCUCCACUGGCGGUAACGACUGUGACCGAAAUGCUCGCUGCAUCCAGAUUGGCGAUGCCGACUAUUCAUGCAUGUGUCCUCCCGGCUUCAAGGACAAAUCGCCGACGUCUUCGCGUCCCGGACGACUGUGCAUUCCUGUGAUCCCUGAAUGCGACAAUCCUACUCUCAACGACUGCGACUCACCCGACCGUGCGAUUUGCACCGACACUGAUGACGGCUAUAUGUGCAGAUGCCGGCAGGGAUUUCUUGACAUAUCUCCCAAUAUCGCCACGAAACCAGGAAGGCUGUGCAAACCGCUGCAGAAUGAAUGCGCUCUUGGUACGGACGACUGCGCUCGGGACGGUGGUAUCUGCGAGGACACGCCGGAUUCAUUCCUGUGUCGUUGCGCCCUUAACUAUUUGGACGUGUCGUUUGAUAGACAGAAUAGACCUGGCAGAAAAUGCAAACGAUUGGUAGACGAAUGCACAACCGGUCAGAAUGAUUGUUCCCGUGAAGCGAUCUGCACAGAUACGGAGGACAGCUACAUGUGCCAAUGCCCAUCUACUCAUAUUGACCUCUCGUCAGAUCCCGUUAAUAGGCCUGGAAGGAAAUGUCUGCUUAGAGUGAACGAAUGUACAUCGGGUCGCCACGACUGUUCGCCAAACGCUGACUGCAUGGACACUCCGGAGUCUUUUAAGUGUCGCUGUCGUGAUGACUUCGUCGAUGAGUCGCCCGAUAUUGUUCGCCGUCCUGGUCGGAUCUGUCGACCUGCACUCGUGGACGAGUGUAGACUGGGUAAACACGACUGUCACAAUGAUGCUGUUUGUCAGGACUUACCCCAGGGCUACACUUGCCGGUGUAGGUCCGAGUUCUUGGAUCGCUCACCACAUCGCAUCACCCAUCCGGGAAGACUCUGUGAGCCUCGUCCAACUCCACCACCACCAGAGUGUAGAAUCGACGGUCCUAAUCAAUGCAAAGCUCACCUGAAUGAAGUGUGUCGGCUAGUGAAUGGUGAACCGAAGUGCUCUUGUCCUAUUAAUUACCAACGAGAUGCUACGGGGUCGUGCUCAGUGAUAAAUGAAUGCGACUUUCCUCAACUCAUCGACUGCCAUCCAUCGGCUGAAUGUAUCGAUCAGUUGGUAGGAUACACAUGCAAGUGUCGGCAGGAUUUCAAAGAUAUCGGAGAGAAACCAGGUCGAAUGUGCAAACCAUUAGUAAACGAGUGUCAGUUUCCUCAUCUAAACGACUGCCAUCAACAUGCUCAGUGUAUUGACAAGGAGGAGGGCUACGAAUGCAAAUGCAACCAUGGGUUCAUGGAUCGCUCUCGUGGACGACCAGGGCGAAUUUGCAAGCAACUCGUUAACGAAUGCGGUGUAGCUGGCAUGAACAGUUGUGACAGAAACGCCAGAUGCAUUGACGAGGAAGAAGGUUAUCGUUGUGAAUGUCGUGACGGAUUUCUAGACGUGUCGCCAUCUCCGCAACUCAAAGGAAGGAGCUGCAGAAAAUUGGUCAAUGAGUGUGGCGAUCCGAAAUUGAACGACUGCGAUCGAAACGCUAAAUGUCGUGAUACAAUGGAUUCGUACGAGUGCGAAUGCCCUGCGAAUUCAAAGGACAUCUCACCAAGCCCUGCAUUCCCGGGACGUGUCUGUCUGCUAUUCGAGAAUGAGUGCGAGACUGGCAAGCACGACUGUGAUCCGUCGGCGAUUUGUCACGACAACGAGCAGUCGUUCUCCUGUGAAUGCCCUACCGGCUUCAUUGACCGCUCGCCCAACAAAUUAAAUCGUCCUGGCCGAGUUUGUGUUAAGAUGGUAGAUGAGUGUCAAACCGGACGUCAUACCUGCAGUGCUCAAGCAGAUUGCCGUGAUCUGGAGGAAGGUUACACGUGUGAAUGUCGAGAAGGCUAUGUGGACCGUUCACCAAAUUUAGCUAGCCAACCUGGAAGGGUCUGCAGUGCUCCAGAAGUGUGUCCGUCGAACAACGACUGCAGUUCGGCUGCUGUUUGUGAACCUCUUGGAGGCAAUAAAUACCAAUGUUCGUGUAUUCAGGGCUACAUUGACCAGUCACCAGGUGAACAAAAAGGCCGCGUUUGUGUUCGAAAUAACGCUUGUCGGGACCGCAAGUUGAACACGUGUUCGCGGAAUGCGAUCUGUUACGACGAGGCCAAGGGCUACCGAUGUGAGUGUGCCCGAGGAUUCGUGGACCGAUCUCCCGAUCCGGCGUUGCGCGGACGUGUUUGCGAGCCUCCCCCACCACCGACACCUCCACCUCGCCAUCCUUGUCAAGAUCCGAAUUUGAACGAUUGUCAUCCGGCCGGAACGUGCAGAGCUACCGGUGUGGAGACCUACACCUGUGAGUGCCUGCAGGGUUAUGCCGACAAGUCACCCGAUCCAACGAAACCAGGACGAAUAUGUGUUCUGACGGAACCCGUCUGUCUAGACAAAACCCAGAACGACUGCCACCCGGCUGCAAUCUGCAGCGAAGUAACCGGUCCUGAAAAGUACACAUGUAAAUGUCGCGACGGAUAUAUCGACAAGUCGCCGAAUGGAAACACCCGGCCUGGCCGCGUCUGCGUAGAAAUGAUUAACGAAUGCCUCGACCGGUCGUUGAACAAUUGCCACGGGCUGGCAAUUUGUGAGGACAAGCGAGAUGGCUACACAUGCCGGUGCCCGGUGAACACCAUCGACAAAUCACCGGACAGCAACCGACCAGGACGUCUCUGUGUGAAGCAGGUGAACGAAUGUCGAAAUCCGUCACUGAACACCUGCUCUCGAUUCGCUGAAUGCAUUGACAAAGAAACCGGUUACGAAUGUCGUUGUCGUGAAGGCUACCACGACAACGAUCCUAGCCAUCCGGGAACCCAAUGCUCAUACAUUAUCAACGAAUGCGAUUCGCCGAAUCUCAACGAUUGCGACCGCAAUGCCGUAUGCAUAGAUCGAGAGGGUGGAUAUGAAUGCAAGUGCAAGCACCCGUAUAAAGAUGAAAGUCCGGCAGAUCACCCCGGUCGUGUUUGCCGGCUGAAUGAGUGUCUAGACAGCAGUUUGAACAAUUGCGACCGAAAUGCUGACUGUCAAGACUUGGACGACGGCUACAUAUGUAGCUGCCGUGAAGGUUAUUAUGACCAAUCACCAAAUCCACAAGAACCAGGAAGGGUCUGUCUCGAGUUCCAGGUCGAUCACAAGAUCGAGCAAGUCACGGCUGCUCCUGUGCAGACGCAUCCACUUGGUGAGGGUCUUCCAUGCGGACGGGAAUUCUGCAAACUCUCAAUGGCAGAAGUUUGCAUUAGCGGUUCACAUUGUGGAUGUCGUCCUGGACAGGGCAGAUCGAUUGCUACCGGAAGAUGUGAGAGUGUUGAACAGACGCCGCUGCAGAUCCGUGUAGUAAGCCGGAAUCAUCGUCCACUGCUUUACUCUAGCGAGUACGGUUCAUCCAAAAGUCCUUCCUACGUGGAGAUUGUUGACAUGUUCCAGAAAGACAUGGCUAGAACGUUUGGUGGUACGACAUACGCUCCACGAUACGUGAACACCAAGGUGCACUACAUCACUCAUCCAAAAACAGUGAACAGCUCAUGGCCAGAUGGUUUACUUUUCAAGUACGAUGUUCAGACGACUCUGUCGAAGACACAGCCAGUCGAUAAAUGCGAACUAUGGAAGCAGAUGAUGGCUUCGCUUCAACGUACUAACGGAGUCAUUGGUGGCCAGUCAUUACGUGUCGCCGAUGACAGCGAGCUAUUAAAUCCGUGCCGAGCAGAGGAAUCGCUUGGAGAAUGUGGAGGGACCGGUUGCAAAGCUGAACUCGGCGAGAUCUGCAUCGCCGGCUCAGUUUGCGGAUGUCCGGUGGGGAUGCGGCGAGUCAAGUUAACGCAGCCUUGUCGUGCCAUUGAAUCGUGGAAUGUACCAUUGUUGGUGAUCAGGAAGGAACACAACAAUCUCAUCUACAACGAAUCGUUUGCUAAUCCCAUGGACAUCGUAUACAAGUCGUACGCGCGUGACUACGAACAAGGAAUAGCUCAAUGCUAUCCGCACACCGCUCUGCGGAAUUCGUUUGUGGCAGCCGAUGUGAACGAAAUCGUCAAUCCCAGGGUAAAUGACGUCCUUCGAGUGCUCUUCACUCUAACCGGAGCCGUGCGAAUCCCAUCGGAUGUGUACUACGAUCUUGUCCGUUACAUCGUCGAUCGUAAUGGAUACGAAGUUGGCGACAGUGGUCUCUAUCUGAAUGAGUACCAACCGAACCCCUACAGCCCGUGCUUCAAGAACGACUGCCAUCCGAAGGGGAUUUGCAUCGAUGUCACUGAACGAACGUACCGAUGCGAGUGCAGUCCAGGCUUCCGUGAACUCAAUCCUUCGGAUCCAGGAAAGAGAUGCAUUCCCACCUUUGGAUUCAACGAGUGCGAGAAAAAGGAGAACAAUGAGUGUUCUGAGAAUGCACGAUGUGUGGAUCUCGAGCAUCUGUACAAAUGCGAAUGCCUCCCUUCCUACUCGGACGCUUCGCCGCUGGGAGCCGUACCAGGGUCCGUGUGUGUGCUCGAUUACUGUAGCGAUGUGAACUUCUGUCCAACGAACACCACAUGCAAGAAUAUGGAACAACAAGCCGAAUGUCGUUGUGACCCCGGAUUUACAGACAUUAGGAAGAGUGAUCGUCGCACUAUGCUAGGCUUAGGCGAUGACACUCUCUGUAUGCAUGUGAGGGAUGUCAACGAAUGUGCUCUUGGGCUCACAAACUGCUCAGGUGUGGCUGAAUGUAUCGACCGCCCAAUAGGCUACACUUGCAAGUGUCCGGAGGGCUAUAUUGACGGCAACCCAGACGAACCGGGUCGAGUCUGCGGAGCACUCCUUUGUGAUCUGUGCAAUUCCCAUGGAGACUGCGUACAUAACGCCCAAACCAACAACAUCACGUGCAUCUGUACCGAAGGAUGGAGUGGCGAAUAUUGCCAAGUUGCUCCAUCAAAUGCAUCACUGGUGCUGCUCAUACUUCUUGCUCUGCUAUUCCUUCUACUUACACUCUGCUGUCUACUGUAUUUCUGCACAAAAUGCCGCUGUUUCAAGGGAAGUGGAAUUGUUGGUGGUGCACCGUUCGUCUAUAGGUACGAAAGAGGCGGUGCAUGGCCAUGGUCUACGCUAGAAGGAUCAUCUUCAUCCGAAAGUGGGGCCGAGUUCUCAGCUCACAGUGCCGCAGGUCAUGAAUAUUACCCCGAUAUUGGAAUUCCACGGGCGAAAUUAAAGGUAGGCGCUGGUGUAGUGGAUACAAGCAAGAAUGUAGAUUUAUCAAGGCUGGAACACUAUCUUUGUGAUGUACCAAUCCUGAAUUUACACAAAUUUCUGAACGAUAAGUUUGCAGGUGUUGUCAAGAUUCCCCGUGCUCAUCUGGUCGGUGGAGGUGGACGUCUCAAUGACUCCUCCGAUAGCAUGUCCGACGGGUCCAGCGAAUACACUAUCAAGGAGGAAAUUGAAAGAAAGGUGGUUAUUUUUAGAAGCUUUGAAGUCACAUCGCAUGGCCUUUCAAUCGUGAUCACGGACGUAGUCACGAAGGAAAUCAAAACCACUACAACAACUGAUAACGCGGGAAAUGUAGUGACUACUACAGCUGAGUCCUACGUCUACCCUUCUGAACAUACCUCGUCCCAUGGAGAGAGUGGGGCGACACGUUCAUCGUUCAUUGGUGAAUCCUCAUAUGCGACGAGGAACUCCGAAUGUUCACAUGAUGCUGCUUUCAGCGAGAGACAAUUUCAUCAUCAUUCUGGUCUCGAAGAACGUGAACGAGGUGAGAGCGUAGCUGAGUUUUCAAUUGGACGGGCGAAAUCGAAGGAAUAUUCAACUCGGGACCGCGAAAUCUCCCAUUGUUCAUUGCAGGAUGCAACGCAGUCCGAUUUCGAGGAGCACGAAAUCGGCGGUGCCAUCACCCGCGUCACCAACUUUCGUCACUGCGAACCCAUUAAAAAUGGUGAAUGUGAGCGAUUCCGAUCAGAGGUAGGCCGCUUUCAAAUGUGA